AACACGUACAAGUGCACGAAGCAGCUGAUCUCGGAGCGGUUCGGGCGCGGGUCGCGCACCGUGGACCUGGAGCUGGAGACGCAGAUCGAGCUGCUGCGGGAGACCAAGCGCAAGUACGAGUGCGUGCUGCAGCUGGCGCGCGCCCUCACCAGCCACUUCUACAGCCUGGUGCAGACCCAGCACGCCCUGGGCGACGCCUUCUCCGACCUCAGCCAGAAGUCUCCCGAGCUCCAGGAGGAGUUCGGGUACAAUGCGGAGACGCAGAAGCUGCUGUGCAAGAACGGGGAGACGCUGCUUGGUGCCGUCAACUUCUUUGUCUCCAGCAUCAACACCCUGGUCAACAAGACCAUGGAGGACACGCUCAUGACCGUCAAGCAGUACGAGACUGCCAGACUGGAGUAUGACGCAUACCGCACGGACCUGGAGGAGCUGAGCCUGGGCCCACGGGACGCCGGCACGCUCUGCCGCCUGGAUGUCGCCCAGAGCCAAUUCCAGAGCCACAAGGACAAGUACGAGAAGCUGCGUGCGGACGUGGCCAUCAAGCUCAAGUUCCUGGAGGAGAACAAGAUCAAGGUGAUGCACAAGCAGCUGCUGCUUUUCCAUAACGCCAUCUCCGCCUACUUCGCUGGCAACCAGCAGCAGCUGGCGCAGAGCCUCAAGCAGUUCAACAUCAAGCUCAAGACCCCAGGAGUGGAGAAGCCCUCGUGGCUGGAGGAGCAGUGAGCAGCUGCCUGCCGGCCGGGCCGCCAUGGACCUGAACUCUGACCUCUGGCCCCAGGCCAGGCAGGCUGGGCGCGGUGGUGAACAUGGGGGACGUGGCCAGGUCUGACUUGCCCCUGCCUGGGCCCCAGCUCCGGGGUGAGCAGGGGCCUGGGCCCCUCGGGGCAGCUGCCCUGGCCAGCACUGCUCCCCUGCCAGAUGUGGGACCCUGCCUCGCCCCCUCCUGCCAGCCCCACGGCAGUCCCUGCCCCUCCCUGCUGGGCAUGGCGCCCCGCUGACCUUCUCCACAGGUGCCCGACCUGUGCAGAAACCCUGCCCUGUCCCGCUGGGACGAGGGCUGCUGACACUGCCCUGGACACCUGGGUUCCCUCGCAGGUUGGGCUGGGGUCCCGGCCUCCUGGGUUUUGCCCUUGGCUUUGGCUCCGGUGCCAGAGGGGUGAGGGGUAGUUCUUGCACUCCGUUCCUAAACGCUGCCCCCCACCCCUGGGACACACACUACACUCCUGCCCCCCUGCUCCCAGCUGCGCCAAGCUAGACCCUGGGGUGGGGACGGACGGACUGGGGCUUGAACACUAAUCAUGGGGGCUGGAGUUCCCCCCACCAGCAGAUCCAAACCGAGGGUGUUGGGCCUGAUCCCACGAGGCCUCAGGUUGGCGACAAGCUAUUUGGGGGGGGCAGACCCACCCCAAGGACCAAACAGCGGCUGCGCCUGGGCCUGGAGCGUGUGCAUGUAUGCGCGUGUGCAUGCAUGUGGCCGGCAUCCUGGGGGGAGGGUUCGGAUGGGUCCCCUGUACCCAAAUUGCCUCACCCCCGCAGGGUGGCACCUCCAGCUGAGGCAGGCGCAGCCCCCUAACAUGGGCACUUUCUCCAGUGACACUAGGAAAGAAACGGUUCAUUUUCGUUGCUAAAUUAAUGCCUCCACCUGACCCCCUUCUGUCGGUCUGACCGCCCCCGGCCCCCUGUAACUUCCAGAAUAAACAGUACGGUACAACGUC